GGUUGAGGAUCGAUUCGGCGCCAUCUGGCAUCUUGAUUGACUUAAGCUCGGAUGUGACCCCUCAAUUGGUUCCGUGGCUCUGCCGAAUACGGAUGGCGAGUUGUUCCUUGUGAAACGAAGACAUAUUACUCACUACAGUCACGUUUCCAUUCUAUGCUUGUUGCACUGCUGCUGCUUGGACACCUACUCUUGAUCAACAAUUUUUUCCAGCCGAAAAGCAAAAAUGGCAUCCGAGAACAGCAAGCAACUACGCGCUGAGCUGUUUGGAGCUGGCCUGAAGAAUCGACGCGAAGUCGUAGGGGAGACUUACGUCGAGACCGCUAUGCGCAAUGGCUCAAGCGAAUUCGCUUAUGCUCAGCAGGAAUUAAUUACUGAGUGGGCCUGGGGAAACAUUUGGUCGCGUCCUGGCUUGGAGCGCAAGCAGCGAAGCCUCUUGAAUAUCGGCAUGCUCAUUGCUUUGAAGAGCUGGGCUGAGUUCGGAAUUCACAUCCGAGGCGCGAUUAGGAACGGGCUGACAGAACUUGAGAUCCGCGAGGCGAUUCUUCAAGCAACGGUUUACUGUGGCGCACCAGCGGGUGUCCAGGCCAUGAAGGUUGCUGACGAAGUCAUCAAAGAUAUGAUUGAAAAGGGGGAGCACCAGAGAGAAAUGGCGGAGGUCUCGCCGAACUAUAAGAAACCUGAGUAAAUCACCAUUAAAACAGUAACCGACCGUAAUCCU